AUGUCGACGACUGCGCACAAGGUGGCGACGCAGGCAGCGUCGGCGGCGGGGGCGAGAAUGAAGGGUCCACUGCCGCCGAGCGUGGUGAGGGAGAUCGUGUACGGGAUGAGCCUGGGGCUCUUCGCGGGGUACCUGUGGAAACUGCACCACUGGAGCAACCAGCGCCGCACCCGCGAGUUCUACAGCCUGCUCGACGAGGGCAGGAUCACCGUCGUCGUCGACGAGCCGGCCGGAGCCAAGGAGUAG